AUGUCUAAGUCAAUAAAAGGAUUAAAUUUAAGUUAGGAUGUGUUGGCAUAGGAGUUGGAUGCAUAAAGAAGAGAUAGGAUGAAGGCAAUUUCGACUCACAAAAAUAUGAAGGAUCGUCUUGAUAGAAUGUAACUUGUUGCAAUAUGAAAAUAGGGAAUAGGAAAGAGAUAUGUUCGGCAAUGAGAAUUUGCUAGUGAAGAGGAGGUUGUCGGAUGAUAAAAGAGAAUUUAUAGACUUGAUUGAAUUUCAUAAAAAGGAAAAGGAGGAGUUAAGAGAGGAGAAACAAAAAAUUGAGUACGAGUAUGGGGUAUUGCAAAGGAAAAUGUUUGAUAUAGAUGAAGAUUAUAGUAAGAUGAAGUAUUCAUUCAACUAGAAAAAAUGAUGGAUAAAUAAAGACAAAUCUUUGAGACAGAUAAAUAACCAUUAAUAGAUAAAAUAAAGUUUUUGGAAGCCAGGUUGGAGAAGAUUGAUGGUUUUCUUCAAACUAAGGCGGAUUUAGAAAGUGAAAGAGAAAAGCUGAUAGAAACAUUAGCGUAAGAAAGGAGAGACAAGCAGAGGGAAUUGGCAGAUAAGGAGAAAGAGAAGGUCAAGGAAACAAGUAUAGAAAUGAUUAUGUAUUAAAUAGAUCAAUUGAGGAAAGAGAUGGAAAAUAAGGUUCAGGAAACCAAGUUAUCAGAGCGAGCAUAAUAAAAGGAAUAAUUGGAAACAACCACUAGAUUAACAGUUUUAUAAAAUUAUUAAAUGACUACAGAGUUAGAAUACCAAUCAAAACACACUGGAAAAUUAUUGGGAGAGCAUACAAAGUUAUAGGAGUAAGUAACAAGUUUAAAAAGAGAUAUCGAAAUACACAAGUAAGUUGAAUAGGAAUUAGCAAAAAGAUCUCAUUUUUCUUAGAAAUUAAUAAAGAAAUUGUCAUCAAGAAUCAAGGAUUUAGAAGACUAAUUAGAAUAGAAGGAAUUUGAACAUUAGGAAUUGAAUUCUUAAGAGGCCCGUUAAUAGAUGGAGAAGAUUAAGGAAACAGAAAUUAUGUAAUUGGAAAAAAAAAUAGCCUAAUUAUAAAAUGAUAAUGAAAUUUUAAGAAAUGAGAAUAAUCAUCUACUCACAAAAUUAGAUACCAUAAGAUUGGAUGACAAUAAAUUUGCUAAUUUAUCAGCCAUUUUAGCAAGCAAUUUGGAAUAUUUAAAGAAUAAUUUCAAAGAUGACAUUAGUGAAAUUAUAGAUCUAUAGGAAUUGUAAAUCAUAUUUUUAUUAUUGUAUAGACGAGAAAAGAGUGUAAAUAAUUGGACAUAGAAUUAGAAAAUAACAAUAAUGAGUAUUUUAUUAACAUAGACUUAACAAUACUUGACAAAGAAGAAUUUGAAUAUUUCAGAUACUAAUUAGAUAAACAUUAAUCAUACGAUGACUGAGAAUGCUACAAUAGUAGACAAUAACAAUAAGUCAUUCUAUUUUCCAAGUACAUUAAAAUUUAAUUGCUUAGAAAUAAAAUCAGAGGAGGACCAAACAACCUAGUUGAGUUCAAAGAGGUUUUAAGGAGUCGCCCUUGAUAUUAGCAAUUCAAUUCUUAAGAACAAUUUGAGAGAUUGGGGAAAACCAUCAGCAUUAUAGCAAUCUAGUUAAUUAUUACGCAAAUAUAAGUUAAAAUGA